AUGUCCGAACUGGAAUGCCUUAAAUCUCUUGUUAGUAGCCUUACAGCCGUUGUUUCUAAGCUCGAAAGUGCGGUUCGUGAUAUUCCUGAGUCCAUAACCAAACUCACCAAUCAUAUUGCUGUCGUUGAAUCUAAUGUAAGCUCCCAUGAUACUAGAAUCGCUGAUUUAGAGAAGAAACUUAAUGCUCUCUCUCAAGCUCGUACUGUUAAGCCCAAUGAUCAUUCUGAGAAACCCAAACCUAAUCUUAUUUCUGAAAUUAUUGGGUACCGUGCCGAAGAAAUCAAGUUUUCUGAACGUUCUUGUAAUCUUCUUUGGUUUAAAGUUCCUCUUGCCUUGGCUCCCUCUGAUGAUCGUAUCAAAUCCCUGCUCCAGGCUAUUGCUGUUCUUUCUGGCGAUAAUUUUAUCACCAAUCUCAUUGUUAAGAAUGAAAUACUCGGUAAACGUGCAGUAAACAGCUCUGCAAGUUCCAACCUUGCUUCUCCUAUCAUUGUCUCGUGCCCGUCCAAGGAUAUUCGCGACAAACUCAUCAUUAUUUUACGAACCAAUAAGCCUUUGCAUGAUCCUGUCCUCAGUAAAUCUUAUGUUAGACGUGACUACCUUCCCAGUGAGGUUCACGCUGAGCGACAACUCCGUGCUCAAUGUGUAGCUCUUAACAAAUCUUCUCCCAACCUAGUCCAUUUUGUUAGAGAUUUCAAAAUCAUUAGUAGAACCAGAACCUCUACUACAUCUCAGUUUACUAAUGACACCAUGCCUGCUGAAUCCCCAGUUAUUCAGUCUUCUCCUGUUGAGACAGCGGAUCCUGUUGUACCUGCUGCUACUUGUUCACCUUCUAUCUUAUCACCAGACACGAAUAUCAAUAAUGUCAGGGAAGUCUGCACCACCGAACCCCCUGCUAAACUCACCCGCAAUCUCAAUACUUCUAAGACUCGAGUAACAUCAAACAUUUCAACAACACAUCAGGUUGAACAAAGAUUUCGUAAAACAUCAGAGCUUCGUCGUUCAACGUCCUUACCGAGAUCCUCUACGAAAAACUGCAAAUUAAUCUCUGAUGCGCUUGAUCUCUGUCAAAACUCCUUUCGAUAA